CUCCACUUGGGAAAAAUAAUUCGGCAAAAAAGAAAAGGGUGAAGGGAGCAACGAACAAGCAAGGAGAUUGCUUGGUGAGAGGAGUUGGUGAGGACUUGAGGAGAGGUUGCGGCCAUGGAGAACCUGGCGCUGCUGUGGGCGAUCAUCGGGCCGGGCGUGGCCGGCGCCGUCUUCGGCGCGGGCUGGUGGUUCUGGGUGGACGCCGUCGUCUGCAGCGCCGUCCAGGUCUCCUUCCUUCACUACCUCCCGGGGAUCUUCGCCUCGCUGGCGGCGCUCAUGUUCAAUUGCGUGAACAAGGAUGAGAUCGGAUACGAUUAUUACUCGCCGUACGGAGACGAUUCCGAGUGGAGAGUGAAGCUUUGGCUUUUUGUGGCCUAUGUCGUAUCUUUUGUCUGCCUAGCUGGAUCUGUGGGUUUAUUGGUGCAAGAUGCCCUGACCGACAAGGGCCCGUCUGUGUGGACUGGUGUUGCUGGUGUUCUGCAAUGUGUUCUUGUGUUGAUAAGUGGGUUAAUAUAUUGGACGUGCCCCACUGAGGAUUAAGGGUCAUAAUGUUCUGAGCCGGCUAUCUUGCGAAAAGAAAAAUAUUUCUACCAGUGUAUGAUUUUGUGUGAAGGAAAAUCAUGCCCAUUGUGGAGUCGAAAGACCGGUUGUUUCAUCUUGUGCAUAUCUGACUGCUUUCUGAAAUGAUGCUCAGCUCCAGUGCACGCUUGUCCCAAAUCCUUGUGAUGCAUCAUGCAUAUCUUCAGGUCGAACUGGAAGUGACAAUCAAUUGUAAGCUCGAAAAUUGCUGCAAUGCCGCAAUUGACUGUCUCCUGCUGUAAGUUACUGUCACCUCGCCUCCUAGUCUGUUCCAGUUGACUUCAGUUAAUCCAGAUGCUGUUGCACCCUAUUUCUUUGUUAGUGCUGCUAAACUGUUGAACAGCAUCGACAUGGAAACUGGAAAGGCAAUAACAAUGCUUGCAUUGCAUCACCAGAAGAUAAUUUAUCGAUCUGUUCUUUUU